UCCAAUCCUUGAUCCAUAUGUACAACAAAUGAUUGGUUGAAGUUAAGGGAAAAUAAGUGAGUCACUAGGUUCUUCCUUGAACUAGUGUUGCUCAAUAUGAACAAGUAAAUCACGUAAAUUCUUGUAUUUGGCUUUUGUGUUUCUAUUACUUCUACAUUCCAGUUUGGUUUGCUCUCCAUUUUCAUAUCUAACAAACUCCACAAAGAUUGGUUUCACUAUAUUGAAAUCGACUUGAGAUAUGAGAAGUUGCGACUACACUCUUGUUUGAGUAGUUCGAUUGUAUUGAAAAACUAAUUAGAACAAUCACCAUCAUAUAACAAUAUUAAAAUCAUUUCACUGGUUGAUUGGAAGGAAUUAGUGAGUCACUAUCUCCCACGUUUAUAGGGAAAAUGAAACAAGUGCACAAAUUAUCUUAAAGGUGUAGUAGUUCAUAUUACCUCGACGGUGUAGAAUAUUUUUGAAUUUCAGUCACUAAUUUUUAUUAUCCAUCAUCGAAUUAUGUAAUAAUUAUUUAGGUCUUUUGGACCCGAUUGGUAAUAAUUAAAUGGUAAGAUGCAAUUUCAUUCCGUUAAUAAAAAUGUGUGUAAGAAAAAUCGAAAAUUCCCCUCUCUCAAAAGUCAAAAUCGAUUAGAUAGUGAUUGAUUUAUCAUUUAUGCCACAAUGAAGCCAUGAAUCUAGCAUUUUGUUUAUUAAGUUGGGCCGACACAAAGAAGAAGAAGCAAGAAUAAGCUGGAUCCGUUUUCCUGAAGCACACAAGGAUGAGUGGGCCAUUAAGGCCCAAAUCGAAAUGCAAAAUAAAAAGUAGUGGAUUUCCCCUUUGGUUCCUCAUUCGUCGUAGGAAAAUCGUUCCCUGGCCGGCAUCCUUACUUCCGCUUCUUUGGAUUCGGCGGGCGGAGAUGACCGGUGGUGUUUUUGCAGGCCGAGAAUCUGUUUCAUGUACGCUUCUCGUCGUUGCUUUAACGCUCUCAAAUUCUCGGCAAAGGUCUACGGACAUGGUAUUCAGAAGACGGCGGAGAGGGUAGCUCUUCAGAAGUGUUUUUUUGCCCACACCACCCACCUGUUCGAUGAAUUGCCUCACAGAAGCCUGUCCUCCCUCAAUUCUCAACUCGCAGUUCACGCUCGCGGAGGUAGCUUUCAAGCUGUGUGGGAUUUGUUCCGACGAAUGCAUUGCACCUCAAUUCGGCUCGAUGCCUACACUUUCACCCCUGUCCUCAAUGCUUGUUCUGCUCUGCCAUGCCACGAACGCGGGAAACAAGUGCAUUCGCUGAUGGUCAAAGCGGGCGCGGAUUCAGGGACCAUCAGCAAGACGACCCUUAUGGAUAUGUACUCCAAGUAUGGAUAUUUGGUGGAUUCAGUGGCCGUAUUUGAAGAGAUGGAGUUUCCUGAUGUUGUGAGUUGGAAUGCUUUGAUAUCGAGCUAUUUGAGGAAGGAUCUUGUCAAGGAAGCACUUGGUGCCUUUUGUGGAAUGAGGGAUCAAAGGGUGGAGUUUAGUGAGUUUACUUUAUGUUCCGUGCUUCAAGCAUGCAACUUGUUGAAGGCUUCUCGACUGGGUAAGCAAGUUCAUGGCUUGGUGAUUGCGAUGGGACGUGACCUGGUGGUCUUGUGCACUGCUCUGAUUGAUUUUUACUCAGAAAUUGGAGAUAUUGCCGGAGCUAUGGUGAUUUUUACUGGGUUGAGUUGGAGAAAGGAUGAUGUGAUGUGUAAUUCUCUGGUUUCUGGUUGUGUGAAGAACAAGAGAUACAAAGAAGCAUUUGCUGUAAUGAAUAUGAUGAGACCAAAUGCAGUUCGCCUCACCAGCGUUCUCACUGCUUGCUCAGAGAUUUCUGAUCUACGGACUGGGAUGCAGAUUCACUGUGUAGCUACACGUUUUGGGUUUGUUUCAGAGACUCAAUUGUGCAAUGCAUUGUUAGACAUGUAUGCUAAAUGCGGUAAGGUUUCUGAUUGUAGAUCAGUAUUUGAUAAAAUAUGGAACAAAGAUGUUGUUUCGUGGACUAGCAUGAUAGAUGCAUAUGGAAAGCACGGGUAUGGAUAUGAAGCUCUUGAGCUGUUCGAGAACAUGGGGAAGGAAGGAAAUGCCGUGUUGCCAAAUUCUGUUACGUUUCUUGCUGUUCUAUCGGCUUGUGGUCAUUCAGGCUUGGUGGAAGAAGGCCUCCAGAUAUUCAAGCUUGCCAAGGGGAAAUACGGUUUGCAGCCUGACAUAGAGCACUACUGUUGUUUCAUAGAUGUACUGGGCAGGGCUGGCCAGAUAGAAGAUGCUUGGUCCUUGUAUUAUGAGAUGGUUGGCUACGGGAUUCAGCCUACAAGUGGCAUAUGGGCUUCACUACUCAACGUUUGUAGUCUAAACCAAGAUGCUUCAAGAGGGGAGUUAGCUGCCAAGAAUCUCUUGGUGCUGGAACGCAACAAUCCUGCAAUCUGCGUGCUGCUGUCAAAUUUCUAUGCAUCCAUUAAAAGAUGGGAGACUGUUGGCAGCCUGAGAAGCAACAUGGCGGAUGAAGGGUUGUCGAAAGAAGCUGGAAGCAGCCGGGUCAGCAACCACUUAUUUACAAGUUAAGGAAUAUCACAAGUUCUGCGUUUCAGGUAUUACUAUUAGCAGGUUGACGGUAUGGUCAAGAGGAAACAUAUCUUGAGCUGCCUGCUGCUGGAUUGCACAUUUGCUAGUUGCAUACCGAAUAACAUACCAGUCAAUCAUCCAUAUCCAUUUUUGGUCUUUGGCCAUCGUUUUUUGGCGAAUUCCGGGCCUUGGUUGAAGGUGAAGAUAUUUUAAGGGUGCAUUGAUUGCACUGCUCUACAGUCAGGGCAGACAGACCAAUGAAGUUCCACAGUAAUGGUUCUGAAUCUCUGAGAAGAUGGGUGGAAAGCAUGAUCAUGACUUUGUUAACUCUUUUGUUUAGUGGUAGUGUUAGUCGUCUUAGUUGUUGGUAAUCAUGCAAACGGGUGUUCUGUGAAAAGCUGUAUGGUAGGGGACGUGAAAAAAUGAUUUAGGUUCUCCCCUUCAUAUGCAUCCUUGUGGUACUGUUUUGUCUGGUUUUGAUUUGUUGUUUAGGGCCGCAUGUGGGGCAAGGUAUGCUCUAUGGGCACAUGGGUGCUGACAAUCCGGACAUGAUGGUAGUAGUACCAAAUGGCAAAUGGGACACUGAUUCAUUUCCCUCUCAGCCAGGGUAAAUGGUUCUUACCCUUUUCCUUUAACAUCAGAUUAUCAAAGUUUAUAAAAUUUGAUCUACAUGUGCUUGAUCUGUUUCUCUUCUGGGUAUUGAUCUGCAAAUCUUUGAAUAUUGCCUCAUUAAGUCCAUGAACUCACCUUGCUGUUGAGAACUGGUUUUAAGGUAUAAAGGUUGCUGGGCUGGCUGUUUUUUUUUUCUUCUUCUUGCUGCAUGUCAUUCUUGGGAUAUUUUCUGUAGCAAAUAUGUGCAAAAGUAUUAUUCAGUAUAUAUGUUAUGUGUGAAUUCUGGACCAGUCUGUUGAACCAUAAGUUCACUGGUGCAGUGGUGCCUCUAUAAUGAAAGUGGGUCAUCUCCCUCAUCAGUCAUCUCAUCUCCUCUCUUUGCAUUUGUAUGAAACACAGAGAGAUAUUGUGUUGUGAAUUGUUUUGGUGUGUGUGUUUGUGGGUACGUUGUCCUAUGGCCAUGUCACCAUGAUACUUCACCAAAACGCAUUGAAUUGACUCUGUGCAGAGAGAAGGGUGUCGUUAGAUAGUGUUGCAUGGUCAGAAUCGAGUUGCUGGCACAAUUAGGAUUUAGGAAUGGUACCCUAAGUUCGGUCAAACCGGAAAUAUAUAAUACCGGAUAUGGGUAUGAAGAUUGAACCGAGAUUAAAGCACGAUGUUAGCUUAAAAUAUUAUACCACUGAUUUUUCCGAUAUAAUCUCCGGUAAGAUUUCGCAACCCCUAACUCAAUCGCUUUGAGAAUGUAUAUCAAGGUGAAACGAAUUAUAUUAUGGUAUUGUUUCGCAGUGGAAACUAACAUUUUAAGUGUGAACAUGUAUAAUAAGAUAAUAUACUGGGAUGAAGUGUGGGCGGUUCUUCGUUCUUGCCGUGCUAAGAGCAUUUGAUAUUGCAUUUCCAAUUGCAAAAUGACAUGUCAUAGGUUUUGCAAUUACAAAACCAAUUACAUUGAUGUUGCUAUCCAUUGCAUAUUUGCAAGAUUGCGAAAAAUGCAAUUGCAUAUGAAAGCUAAAAUUACUAAAACAAGAUCCUUUAU